AUGAAAAAAACUCAUGUGAAUAAACGUAAACAAUCAUUAUCAUUAGCUGAUCAACGUUUACAAGAUUUCACUAGUGAAUUAGAUGUUUUUUUUCAAAAUUCUAAUCAAUCAUUUGAUCUUUUAAACAUUUUAUUUAAACAAUAUCAUCCAUCAUUAUCAAUCUAUGAAUCAAUUCUAAAUAUUUAUUCAAAUUCAUUACAUAAACCGACAUUAAAUCAAUUAUUGGAUAAAACAAUUGAAUAA